AUGUCGGCUGAUUCCUUGGCUGUUCUACGAAAGUCGAGAAAUCAAGAGCUAGCAGAGCUUGCAGAGCAGCAUCUCAAGCAUGAUUUGACCGAUGGCGACCGCGACAAGCUGAAGGCUGCUGCCUCAACUCUCUCCACGGCCACCACGAUCGGAACUUUGGCAGGCUUAGGACUGGGUAUCUUUGUUGCUUAUCGUGUGAGGUCAAACCGGACGAGGAUGUACCAAGCCUUCCGGGCCAGAGAACAUCCUACACACGUACGAUUCGCAAGCGGGAGGGAGGAAGCUAUACCCGACAUUACUCCGUUGUUGAAGCCAAGUACAUUGGGAGAUGUUGCUGCGUAUAGUCUUUUCGCGGCCGGCGGUGUAUUUGUAGGUGGAGAGACCGGAUUGCUGAUCGGGGCAAGCUUGGCCCAGAGGCCAAUCACCAACGAUCCCGAAACGAGGCAGAGGAUCGAGAAAGCUUUCAGGUCAUUCAGGGCAGAUGUGCUGAAGAAAGAAAUUGAGCAUCUUGAGGGUAAUGCUAGUAAGAGGCAGCUUGACUUGUAA